AGGACCAAUCAGCGUGUGGAGAGGGCGGGACAAGAGCGAAAAUAUUUAGCUCCGCGAGCGACCUGCUGCGGCGGUGAAGAGAACCAGCAAGGCGACGCACGACACAGGACAGUAUUUCUACAUUACCUACCUGACACUGCUCGCUCUCAAGAUUCCCAUGUUGAUUAUCGGCCUCCUGCCCCUCCUCCUGUGGCCGGGCCCUGGUUGCCGUGCGGCUGACAUUCCGGAGGACACCACGGCAGAGUUCUCUGUCAGACUGUACCACCAGCUGCAGGCGCGCGGGGGGGACGACAACAUCAUCUUCUCCCCCCUCAGUGUGGCUGUGGCCCUGGGCAUGGUGGAGCUGGGGGCCCGCGGGGCCUCCCUCACACAGAUACGCCAGGCUGUCGGCUUCAGCCACCUACCGACAGAUGAGGAGUUCUCUCUGCUCCAGAACCUGACAGGGGCUCUGUCUGAAGACGACGCCCACUACAUCAUCCGAAUGGCCAACUCCCUCUUCCUGCAGAGCGGCGUGACCUUUAACCCGGAGUUCCUGCGGCUGAUGAAGAAGUACUUCGGGGCGGAGGUGGAGACGGUGGACUUCAGCGAAUCAGCCGCCGUGGCAGAGCAGAUCAAUGGAUGGGUGGAGAACCACACUGAGAGUAAGAUCCGUGACCUGCUGUCAGCUGAUGACUUCAGCAGUGUGACCCAGCUGACCCUGGUCAACGCGGUGUACUUCCGGGGCAGCUGGAAGAACCAGUUCAGACCGGAAAACACCAGAACCUUCUCCUUCAGCAAAGACGACGGGAGCGAGGCCCAGACACACAUGAUGUACCAGCAGGGAGACUUCUACUAUGGUGAGUUCAGUGAUGGUUCAUCCGAGGCAGGUGGUGUGUACCAGGUGUUGGAGAUGCCCUAUGAAGGAGAGGACAUGAGCAUGCUGGUGGUGUUACCCAGACAGGAAGUCCCCCUGGCAGUCCUGGAGCCAAUCAUCAGAGCCCCUCUCUUGGAGGAGUGGGCCAACAAUGUCAAGAGGCAGAAGGUGGAGGUCUACCUGCCCAGGUUUAAGGUUGAGCAGAAGGUAGACCUGAAGGAGACUCUGCAGGAUCUGGGCAUCAAGAACAUCUUCACGAGAGAUGCUGACCUCUCCGCCAUGACAGACGGUAAGGACCUGUUCAUUGGGAAGGCGGUUCAGAAGGCCUACCUGGAGGUGACAGAGGAGGGAGCGGAGGGAGCUGCAGGAUCAGGAAUGAUAGCCCUCACCAGGACUCUGGUUCUGUACCCUCAGGUCAUGGCUGAUCAUCUUGUCUGUCUUGUCUUCUCUGACGGUUUCUUUCUCUCCUCCUCUCCAGGUUCUAUCCUGUUCAUGGGCAGGGUUAUGACGCCAGAGGUCAUCGACCCUACUGACUUCGACAACGACUCCAUGUAACUAUGAAGACGUCCAAUUGGAUUCCAGUGUGCUGCUAUCCUGCUAUGAGGUCAUAUGCUCAAAACCAAUCAGAUCCAGGCAAAACGAGGCCAUAAACACAACCUUUCCUCUCCCCGUCGCUGGCUGUGUUUUUAUACUCUUAUCGAGAAUAUAUAUUAUUCCUAUUCUAUAUAUUAUAUAUACAUAUAAUGUGACUGUGUUUUGAUACUGUAAGCUUUAACCACAAGAGAGAGGGAGAGAGAUGUAAAUACAAAACAUGAAUAAAAGUAUGAGGACACCUGCUCAUUGAACAUCUCAUU